AUUGACCCAUUAAGUUCUAUAAGCCCAUAGAACUGAGGAUAUCAGAACGCCCCUUAAUUUGGGCCAUGGCUUCUCUUCGAAGCCGGCACUGAAGCUCGCUCCAUUUCGAUGCAUUUUUCAACAAUAUUGAUUCGUUUUGAGAAGUUCUGGUUCCCUGAUUCGAAUUCAGCUCGAAAAACUCAUCUUGGAAGCACUAAAAUCGUCCAAAUCGGUGGACCUGAGCUUGUUCCUGUUCCGCUCUCUCUAACAUAUGAAGUGAUUAGUGAAGCCCCAGUGGCUUAUGCGAGUGGGUUUUUGGUUAUCUUGGUUUUGUCCCUGGUGGUUGUUUGGGAAGUUGUGGGGAUUCGAUCUCGAAAGUGCGACAACCCAAGUUGCAGAGGCCUUCGGAAAGCUGUUGAGUUCGAUAUUCAGAUCGAAUCAGAGGAGUCUUUGAAGGGUUUUCCUCCAUUGAUAAGAGAUGAAUUCUUGAUGUUUGAAUUGAGAGAAGACCACAAAGAAUUGGAAAAUGAGCUCAGAAAGUUGGCUCCCCCAAAUGGAAGGGCAGUUCUGAUAUUUCGGGCAAAGUGCGGGUGCCCGAUAGGGAGGAUGCAAGCUUGGGGAUCAAAGAAGCCCCGUCGGAGUAAGAAACAGGGCACAAUUUCAGGGGCUAAAAAAUUAUCAGUAAAGAGAUGAUACUCAAUUGGGUCAAUUUAUUUCUUCUUUUUUUAGCUUGAACUUGAAAGUUCUCUUAUUACUCACUUUCUUUUUGUAGUUAUCUUAUCUCUCUAGGUAUUUUGAAUAAGCGGGUCAUGGUAUUAUUCUGAUUAUGAUACUAUAAAGGAAUGACCUUGAUCCUUCUGUCACUGUUAAUUAAAUAAUGACCAUGAUAUCGAAUCGAAUCUUGUUUUUUGUUGA